AAGGGAGAAAUGGGGGAGAAAGGAAGGUAUGGCAACACCGGUUUCACCGGGACAAAGGGCCAGCGUGGAUUCAAAGGUGAGAAAGGGGAUCAAGGAUCUAUGGGGUUCCCUGGUGCACCAGGUCCCCAAGGAGAAACCGGCACAUGCCCUGCCUGCCAUAGUGUCCCAGGUGAAAAAGGUGAAAAAGGUCGACCUGGUCCAGCUGGAGCCCGGGGCCUGCCUGGGGUGAAGGGAUCUGAGGGACCCAAGGGUAUGAAGGGUUAUAAGGGGGACUUAGGCAGACCUGGGGAACCUGGUAUGAACGGCCAGAAGGGGGAAGAAGGUGAGAAGGGAAUGUGUGAGUGCACUGAUGGGGCGGAUGGUGUUGAUGGAAUGCCAGGAGAAAAGGGCAACAAUGGGGCCAAAGGUGACACUGGUGCAAAGGGCGAGCAGGGCAUCAUGGGACCAAAAGGCAACCAGGGUGAUAUGGGUAUCAUGGGGCCACGUGGUCCCUGCUCUCCAGCCAUCCAGUCGGUGUUCUCAGCAUCUAUCAACCAGUCAUUUCCUCGUCCCAACUGGCCCAUUUCUUUCCCGCGUGUCCUCACCAACAAGCAGGGACACUUCAACCCAUUAAUGGGUAUCUACACGGCCCCUGUCAACGGCACCUACGUCUUCAGCUUCCACCUCGCAGUUGCCGAGAAGCCACUUAAAGUUGGCCUGUUCCAUGACUUCUACCCGAAAGUCAAAAUGACAGAAGGAACCUACCCAACCACCACUAGCCACAAGGUUGUCCUCCACCUUGCGAUGGGAGACGAGGUAUGGAUGCAGGUCAAGAACAAUGCUAACAAUGGCAUGUACACCGACACAGACAGCACCAGCACGUUCUCUGGGUAUCUGCUGUACCCUGACUCCUGUGAAUUUCCCAUGAAUCGAUCUCCCUUCAUGCCACCCCCAACUCCUGGAACCUACAGCUGGGGGGAUGAUGAAGAAACCACCCCUUCGCCAUAAUAGGUUGUAUUCUGUCGCACAGUUAUAGACAAAGUGUCCACAACAAAUGGCCGAUCAAAUUCUGUGUAUUUAUAACUGCAAGCUUUAAAGGAGGGGUAUUCUAGAGAUGCAGCGGUCACUUUUGUUAGUAUGGUGAUGUGCAUAUGUUGUGUAGCUGAUACUUCUCACUGUUGUUAUGUGAUGAAAUAGUCAAGCACCUUUCAUCUGCCCCUGAAGAGGGAAGAAAUCAACAUUUAAUUUCUUCCUUCCUUGGACUGCAUCUUGUUUGUUCAAAAGAUGGUGUCCAACAACAGAGUUUGGUAGGAGGAGGCAAUGCCAGCAACAGCAAUACUCUAUAAAUAUUUUGCUAUACUCUGAAAAAAAUUUUCUUCUUAUCCAAUCCUUUUUAUUUAGUCAUGCUCGUGGUCUCUUUUGGUUUUCCACAGCAGUAACUUAGUGAUUGCAGUAAGCGGCGCCAACGUUUACAGGAACUGCCCCUUGAUUGACCAUUUUAGCUUUUCCAUCUCCCUUGUGGUGUUGUAUCCGACAUCUAUGGUAACUCAGAGUGCAUCGAAACAACAACAAAUAGUAGUAGAUUAAAAACAGAAUGGACAUGAUAAAAUUUAUGUCUGCAGUGUCUUAGUCAAUGAUCAUUGCACUAGAUUUCUUGAAACCAAAUAACAACAUGGAGAUAAGAUAUUUUAAGAAGUAAGGAGAAAUUAGGAAAAACGUUAAAUGGUUUGUAAGCAGGAAAAUACCCCUCCUUUAAGGGUGGAGAUAAAUUCUUUCUAAUGAUCGAACACAAUUCAUCUCUGGUUAAUGAUCGUUUCAAGUAGCUGUACUGUUGAAAUCGUAAAUAUUUUAGCACUAAAGCACUUUUCGCUUGAAUUUGUUCAUAAUAGUUUAGAUUUCUGGCUGCAACUUAGUUUUUCCAGGUUUGUCAUUUUGCCUUUUAAAAUGCUGGUGAUGCAGAAAGACAGAUGUCAAAGCUUUCGUCAGGACACUCGCUUAGCAGCAGAGAAUGUAAUAGGAACUUUAUUUUUUGAUAAGUAUCAAAACAAGUGAAUCAGUACUGUGCGCUUCAAAAAAAUCAGGACACGUCUGCUGAGAUGGAGGUUUGAUUAGUUUGAAAAGUACAAAUGGAGAAGAAGCAGGUAAGAAAAGAUGCUGUGAAGGAAAUAAGAGGUAGGGAAAUGAAGACGGCAGAUGAUAGCAUGGAGACAUGAACAGGUUGGUUCAGAGAGUUAUAGGUAAAGAUAACUGCAAAAUUCUACAUUUAAUGAGCACCACCUAAAUCAUACUCCUUUACAGAUGUGCACAUGGAUAGCUGUGGACACCAGAGAUGCACAGUUGUUGAUAUUAUACUACUUUGUAGUUUGCUUGAAGGAUGCUUCCAUAAAUGUGCAGUAGAUCAGCAUCUAUGCUUUUGCAUAUGUGCACCACUGUAUUUGAAGCAUAGCAGCUGUGUGAACACAAAUUUUGGACGGCAUGCCGAAAUCUGCAGGAGAUCUCAUGCAGCUGGGAAGAUGAUCAAAUUUACGCACACCCGGGUGUACUCCCCGAUGUAAAAUCAGAACACUGUACUCAGAGUUUUGAGAGUCACAAACUGCAUGACAGCUUAAAAAACUACUUUUCCAGUGGGGCGAAAUUAAUACACCUGUUUUAAAUACAUACCAGGUAAACACAGGGUGUGAUCAACAAGUUCCGAUGGUUUGAACCUAAACAAAUCAAAAACUGUGCCUGAUUGAAAUUUGGAUGCUAUCCAUUUAUAGUAGUCGCUUUGAUAAGUGAUGCACUGUCCCGAUUGCUCCUGUAACACCUCUAAUGCUCCUCGAAGGCCCUGCCAUGUAAACAUGCCAUGUAUUUUCUCAAAUUUGAAUAAAACGUGGUCUUGAAGGAGGAAUUCAGCAUCACAGGAUUUGUCGAGAUGUUUCAGGUGACUUUUUGUGUAUUGUAUGACAUCAUGAGCUACCUGCAGGUGAUUGUGGACAUGUGAUGGAACGAUGAUCCAACUGAGGAAACAGUGUGUUAAAAAAAUGCUUAUAAUGUGCGGUCUACUCUUGCUGAGGUGUUAUUAGCGAUUGUGUUGUCUGUGCUUCAUUUUGCUGUGAUCUCUGCUUUGUGGUUUUGUCUGAAAUUAAAAACGUUCUCCGAAA